AUGUCGAACGCGUCGCGCACCCGCAUCUUCCUGAUUGGCGCUACGGGUUAUGUAGGAGGCGCUAUUCUAACGCGUCUCCUCGUGCAUCCCUCUGCCAAGACACUUGACAUAACUGUCUUCUUACGCUCUGCGGAGAAGGCGAGGCUCCUCGAAGCCGACUUUGGCGUGAAAGCCGUAGUGGGCACGCUUGCGGAGCUCGAUAAGCUCGAGGCGAAUGCUGCGGCCGCACACGCCGUCUUUUCCUGCGCGGACUCGGAUGAUGUCCCUGCGAUCGAAGCCAUCCUCAGAGGACAGCGUAAGAGGCACGCCACAACCGGAGAUCUUCCUAUCUUGAUCCACACGUCAGGCACAGGAGAGCUAAUGGACAAUGCGAAGGGACUUCAUACAACCGACAUAAUUUACAACGACCUUGACGCUGCACAGAUUGAAACGCUUCCUCUGACGGCGUUGCACCGCCCAGUAGACGUCAUCAUCGACCAUGCCGAUGUGGAAGGGUAUGUGCGCACACACAUCGUCAUGCCCUCCAUGAUCUACGGGAUUGCGUCCGGCCCGCUCGUCGCCGCAGGCAUAUCGAACCCACAGUCGGUGCAGAUCCCCAACCUCAUCCGCGCGUCACUCCACCGUCGCCAGGCUGGCAUGGUCGGCAGCGGUAUCUCCUUCUGGCCGGACAUACACAUCGACGACGUGGCUGACCUUUACAUCGUGCUGUUCGACGCGAUCGUCACGAACCCUGAGAAGGUCGGCCAUGGGCGCGAGGGGUACUACUUCGGUGAGGCGGGCGAACACACGUGGGCCGACAUCUCACGCGCUAUCGGUGUUGCGCUCGUGGAGCUAGGUAUCAGCACGAGCGCUGAACCAACAACUUUCACCACUGAGGAGCUGAUCAAGUACUUCGGAUGUGAGGCGGUGGGCAACUACAGUGGAAGCAAUUCGCGGUGUCGCGGCUAUCGUGGGCGUGCGUUGGGGUGGAAGUCCAUCCAUACGACCGACGACAUGCUUGCAAGUAUACAGCCAGAAAUGGACGCGUUGAUCGCGAACCCUUCAUACAAGGCAGUCGUCACCAAUUGA